AUGCCCGCCCAGUCCACGCUCUCCAGCGACGAAAAGUCCAAGGUCAAGACCGCGAUCCCCGCCAGCAGCAACAAGAUCCACACCGCCGCGCUCGCGCGCAUCUACUACGCCUACCCGCAGCCGAGCGAGUGGUCGUACGCCGGGCUGCAGGGCGCGCUCGCGUUCGUCACGGACAAGGCCCGGAAUGCGCUCAUCAUGAAGAUGGUCGACCUCGCGGGCACGCGCGGCAUCAUCUGGGAGCACGAGCUCUAUGAGGGCUUCGAGUAUAACCAGGACCGCCCGUUCUUCCACUCCUUUCCUGGCGAUGACUGCAUGAUCGGCGUGGUCUUCGCCGACGAAGGCGAAGCGAAGACGUUCUACAAGAAAGUGACCACCACGAAGCCGAGCACUGGUGCGUCUCCCGAGAAGACCAAGUCCUCCAAGAAGAAGAAGGCCUCCAAGGGCGGCAAGAUCGACAAGUCGAUGAUCUCGGGGCCGACGGCGGGCUCGUUCAAGCACGUCGCGCACAUGGGGUACGACGCCGAGAAGGGGUUCACGUCCACGAACGUCGACCCGUCGUGGACGUCCUUCCUCCAGCAGCUCGAGAGCCAGGGCAUCGCGCGCGAGAUGAUCGACAGCAAUAUGGACUUCAUCAAGGACUUCGUCCGCGACGCGCAGAAGGCCCCGCCGCCCGCGCCCUCCGCGAAGAAGAAGCCACCCCCGCCGCCUGCUCCUCGCCGC